GUGAGCGUGGAAUGACGUGAGCUAAAAUGCCGAAUUGCAGCGUGUUUUCAUGUAAAAAGAGAUCAGACACAUCUAGUGUACAAAAGGAUAACAUUACUUUUCAUCUAUUUCCAAAAGUAGCAAUGAUUCGGGAUAUCUGGACCCGAGCUUGUGCAAAUCAUUUUUCAUGGACUCCUAAACGUACUAGCACAAUUUGCUCCCAGCAUUUCGAAACUUCCUGUUUUAUAACACAAUCUAGUAACAAAAGAAAAUUGAAACAGUAUGCCGUGCCAACUUUGGAAUUACCAAAGGUUCGUCUUUGUGAAGAACCUGAACCAGGAACGUCUUCACCUAAGAUUGAAACAUUUGAAGAUUCUCUACCAUCUAAAACUGAAGAAUGCAAAAGUACCAAAGAUCAGCCCUAUAUGUCACAGUCAGAUAAUCACAACCUACAUUUAAGUGACACAUCGAGAACAAUAAAGUUAAAAAAGAUUCUGAAGAAAAAAGUUGCAGAAAUGCAAGAAAUGUUAAAUGGCAUGUCAGAAAAAUCCGUCAUUAUUAAAGAAAAUCAUCUAGUUCUAAACAAAAUAGGCGUAGAGGAAAAAGAGAAAAGUAUACCACACAAUACGGGAUAUAAUAUUUGCAAACGCGAACUAAAAUCUAACUGUAACGCUUAA